AUGACGACGUUGUUGACUCCCCGCGAAACCCAUUCGCCCUUCUCGGAUCCUCUACGGUAUCCCACGGAUCCCACUGCGCAGCGUUAUUUCCUCGAAGAUCACGCCAUCCCCAGAAAAUCGCCCAUGCAAGAUGACUAUCGCGCGAGGGACUCCUCCCAGUCGCAUCAAACCUACCCUCUGCGCUCCCUUCUCCGGGAUUCGCUCCUCCCCGAGCAACUCGCCUACGCGUCCACUCUAAAUAGCCUGUCACCAGAAAACGAACUCGUCCUACCCUCCUACGACCCAGAAUCCCUUCACAAUCCCAACGAACCAGAGGACGUGAGUGAUGCGUCGACAGAAUCACACCCACCCUCGUGGACAUUACAGGCUCCAUCAGCAGAUGACACCUUAAUUGAGGAUGAGCCAUCCAGACACGUGGACUACCUUUCACAUGACUGGAAGGAGGAGGAUAUUUGGUCCUCCUGGCGGUAUGUGACGAGUCGGAGGAACGAUUAUAGUAAUGGAGUAAGAUUGGAGAAUGCCUCUUGGAGGACAUGGGCCAAGGCCAAGCACAAUCUGAAGACGAUAUCACCGGAAAGCCUCAAUUGGCUGAAGGACUGCGAUGUCACCUGGCUCUAUGGGCCAUUAAAAAGCUCCGUCGAACGUGCAACCUCUCCAUCCCCCCCUCCAAGUCGCUUGGAGACACCGAACUCUUAUCUGAGACCGAAAGCCGAUCCUGAAGAAGAAGACCGCAUCCGAGGCCAUCCUCCAGCGGUCACUAUCUCAACAUACGCUCAAGAAGCCGAGAACAACUGGGCUCGACCCCCUUUCCCAAGGUCCAACACAGACCUGGACCAUUUGCAUCACCGGACUGGAAGUUCGACAUACUCUCUCGGUGGCACACUCACUACCUCAUCAUCGUCUGGAAUGACAUCUCCAAGCGAAAGGCGCCAUAUCCACUUCAAUAAUGAAGUUGUACAAUGCAUUGCAGUUGAAGCCAAGAGCUAUGAGGACGAUUGGCCGGCCACCUUUGAAGAUGAGCCAUCUUCGGACGACGGCGUAGUCUUGAUGAGACAGAUCUCCAGCCGUAUCGCGGGGAUCCCCCCCGAUGCUCAGACGAUCCUUGACCGAUGGUCCACCCCCACCCGGACACUAUCACCAACUCCCUCUGUGGAGACCAUACGCCCGCCAGGGCCAUCAGAGCCUUCAGAGCCUUCGGCAAACUUCCUUUUGGAUGAGUGUGAAGAUCCUGGCCUGGACUUCACGGGCAAUUACCCCGACCAUGAUCGCGCAUGGUUCAUCGAAGAUGAUCCAGCAUCAGAUCGCCCGCUCCGAUUGACUGCUUCGGGAAUGAUCAUGCCGGAAGGCGAGUCCGAGACCCCCAGCAGUAGUAUCUUGGACCGGGUUGUGGACACCGUGAACACAGCCCGGGACAUUGCCCAUGUGAUUUGGAAUGUGGGCUGGCGCCGCUAA